AUGGCACCCAUUGAAGUUGCUAAAAACCUCACAUACACAGAUCACUCGCCAAUUGUCGGGUUGUCUAAGACAAGCAAAGCCAAGGAAGCAUGUGGACAACUAUUCACAAUUGGAAACGUAAAUAGUACAACCGAGGAAGGGGAGACAGAUGGUCUUGAUUCUAUCAAUCAAAUGUCAAAAGAGGAGACCAAAAUUCCGCUGAAAUCUGUUGCACCCAUGGAACAGCUAACAACCCAAAGCGAGAUACGGCUUCACCUCAAUUCAAAAUGUCCUUGGGUGAACUCAAACCGAAGCCGUGUUCUCAUUGGGGCUUCCUGGAUGGUAGAGGAGGACAAACGCCAGUUUUUGAGGUACCCAGAAGUACUUUUCAUGGAUGCCACGCACAAAACUAACAAUGAAGGCCGCCCUCUUCUACUCAUUUGUGGUCGGGACUCUGAUGGCAAAGCCUUCGUUAUACUGCGUGUGUUCAUGCCAAAUGAAACUUCCGCAUUUUAUAACUGGGUCUUUCAGGAGGCCCUCCCAUCAAUGUUAGGCAAGGAGCAUUUGGAGCGGGUCAAUUUGGUUCUAACUGAUGGUGAUUCUAAUGAAUUCUCAGCUCUUGAAAAUUCAAUGCUUAAGUUGCUACCAAAUGCACUUCGGGGUAGAUGUGGGCACCACCUCAUUAAGAAAACGUUGCAAAAGAAAUCUAUUGCGCCUUCUUAUUUCAAAAAUAGGGUAUUGGGAGAGGCUAUACUGCAAGAAAUUGAGGGUUGGGUCCGUUCUUGGGUAGACGGAUCUUCCUGUCUCACUGAAGAAGAGUUUAUGUUCUCCAAAAACUUGUUGCUGGAUGAAUUGCGGAACAAUGAACAGCUACAAGAGGUCAUGGGGCUGGAGAGCGUCGGCAAACUCAUGGACUGGCUCGACACAGAUGUACUGCCCCAUGAAAAGACUUUUGCCCACUACAUGAAACGAGACCAUCGGUGCCUUGGGGAAUAUGUUACUAAUGCAACCAAGGGAUUAAACUAUGCUGCCAAACACAGUUCAAUGUCCGCAAAGCCAGAUCAGAAAAUGGUCACUUCAUAG